AUGGCCAAGGUCGCUCUGAUCACCGGUGGUACUAGUGGAAUAGGCCUUGCAGUUGCCAAGGACCUGAUCCAGACCGGCGGCUGGCAGGUCAACAUUAUCGGCAGCAAUCAAGGGCGCGGCCAAGACGCAGCAGCUUCCCUCCUCAAUGUCACAUUCUACCAAGCCGACGUGCGAAACUACCAACAACUAGCCGGUGUAUUUGACCAGAUCUUCCAUGCGACUAGUCGAAUAGAUUUUGUCUUUGCGAACGCCGGAAGAGCAGAGUAUACCGAUUUCUUCGUCAAGUCUGAGACUGGCAUCCCGCCCGAACCGAGUUCCGAAAUUGUCGAUGUCAACUUGAAUGGCGCUCUAUAUACCAGUUACCUUGCCAUGCACUAUUUCCGUCGCUCUCCGGAGUUAACGAAAGGGUAUAAGAACUUAAUACUCACGUCCAGUAUCGGGGGUCUAUACCCCUAUGCGCUUAUUGGAUUCACUCGCUCUGUCGGAGACAGACUCUGGGAUGAGGGAGUCCGGGUUAAUGCUCUGUGUCCCGGGGUAGUGGAAACGCCCCUUCUUGCCGAUGAGACGUUUUACGGGAUCUUCCCACGGGAAAUAUUUAUUCCUGUGGACGUUGUAACAGGUGUAGUAUCACAAUUACUGUCUGGGGCAGAUAUGGUAGAUGCCAAGGGGAUUCGUAUCGCUGGUGACGAGAUGCAUUCCCGCGCUGUUCACGUUUCAGGAAAGAGCUUUCUUUUCAUUGAAAAGCCCGACAUUCAUGAUGAGCAGACUGGAAUAACAUGGGCUGCAAUGAUGGGGCAUAAAUAG